UGGAGUAAAAGAUGGAGACAAAUUGAUUUUCGCGGAAAGGAUGUACAGGACUGAGCGGCAUAUUUUGUACCGCUAUGCGGUACAUCUAGUUUGUUUUAUCAUGUGUGAGUAAUGUAUGUUUGAGUUAUCCCCAACAUUAUCUGCAUCUGAAAUAAUCCACAGCAUCUAUUCUACAGAAAAUGUCAGCAUCACAUCACAUAAAUAUCUGUUUUUAUAUAAGCAUACACCAUACCAUUUUUCACAGAUGUAGGAUUUGUAGGUAUCCUCUGUGACCGGCUGUGAGAUCUGUUUUGAUAGCCUACAUAUUGUAGAGUGGUAAAUGCAUUGUGAUAUAAGAUGAUAUUUCUAAAAGCAGGCUGGUGUACAUACAGUAGAUGGUCUAUUAUAGUGGCUGACUUUGAUUGGAUUGGCCAGGAUUCUAAAUAUUGGAGAAGAGUCAGAUCCACUUGGCAGAGGCUGCUGAAGAUGAGAUAACAGGAACUAGAUGACUACUCUCCUACAGCUUGUGAUUCUAAACAUGUCAGUUUCUACUGCACCCGCUCAGGCAGCUCAGUGGCACGGUGACUAAUCCUCACGUGUUAUAAUAUAGAUUUUCACACAAAUGACAACUCUUUAGAUCAGUUUAGUCAAUGUCUCUUUUUUAGUUCCAUAAAAUGCAUCAUCCAUGUAUAGUUUGGAUAGUUAAACUUAAAAAAAAGAAAAGAUGAAAAAGGUUUGAAAAAUAAAUUGUUGGCAAACAAUUUUGGGCUUUGACAAACACCUGUUGCUGUAUGUUUGAUGACUGAUCCAAAGGAGAACAUGAACAUGCUCUAAAAAAACGCAGACUGUCUCUAGGAAUUACUUAUAGGGCACCAACAAAGGUGCUGUAGUAGCCAAAUCUUAAAAAACAAAACACACACAAGGCCCACACAUUUUUCAGUCAGGAAAAAAAUGCUAACUGGUGCCUCGCGCUGCCUCAUGUUGUCCAUGUGACUGUUACAACCAGUGGAGCUGUUUACCUGGGCUAGUCAAGACUCUUAGGCCUGUUUUAAGUGGCUGAGCGCCACCCCCCACUACUGAGUAGCUCUUUCUGAACACAUUAGGCAUGGACACUGAGUGCACCUGUGAUUAAAUGGAUGCUUUUGGGCUGAAAGAGUUGGCUUCUGAAAAGCACCAAGCGUUUCAAUCUGAACAAUUACUUACUCAUAAUUCAAUCAAUGCAAAAAAUAUGGCAAAAUGUUGGUUUAUAUCCUUACGUCUGUCAUGUGUGGGAGUGUGUUAAUAUCAAUGAGUGUAAAUGUCAGCAUGCUGUUUAGUGUGGGUGCUUAUGAGUCUCCGUCUGUGUCUGUCCCAUAAAAUAGAGUCUUCUGCAGUGUUGGGGGAUUUCCAGAGAGGGCAUGCAGAGCUGUCAGACAUCUGGAGAUUACUCAGUCUCAGGCAGGGGGUAAAACCGCCCAAAACUACCCAAUGAUCCAGUGUGACUAAAGGUCCGCUUGCAUGAAAUUAGGAAAGAUUCUUGCGACACGGAGAGUGAAAGACUUGAGGACAACAAGAGUGAUGUGAGGCAAGAGAGAGAGAGAGGGGAGAGCAAAAAGCAGCCUGAGAGCCUGCUGCCGUUUCUGCCUGGCUAAUCCUCAAAUCUCCUGUAAUCGGGAUGAGAGGGAGCAUGUUGCCUGAUUUAAAAGAGCGUCUAUGAAAAGAUUUGGGAGGAUUCUUCCACCAUCGGGCAGCCUAAGUGGCCAGACGUGGAGCUUGGGCGGAGGAGGAGGAGAGGCAGAGGGAGGAGCAGCAGGGGGUCAGGCUGGAGCAGGGCUCUACUACGAGGACUUUAGCUAGUCGGUUCCAAAGCAGCACGAGGCGAGCAGGACGGUCCAGCAGCCGUGGUGAGAUGCUGAGCUAGAGGAGGCAGAACACGAAGAUUUGGAGAGCGUUCCCACAGACGGACACCACCGCACUCUUUUAUGGCCCGUGAGCAGAUAGCAGUCCUGAUGCAGUCUGAGACCCUGAGACUCGUGUGGGCGUGAGAGCUGGCUCCAGGGGGCCCGAUGGCGGCGGCGAAGGAGGAGGAUCCCCACUUGGGCUCCGGCCCCGACCCGGAGGUGUCUGAGGUGUCCUUGUCUGGGGACAGCGGGGACUCGGGGAGCGUCCUGUCGGAGGACUCCAUCCUGCCAGACUACGAGCGCGAGGAGCAGAAUGGAGGCCCCAUCAACACCCUGUACCAGGCCUGUUCUAGGAACGCAGCUGCGUCCCUGCGCAGGAUACUGGAGAGGGGAGUCACGCGCGAAGAGGUCAUGGAACUGGACAUCAACGGCAGGAAUGGCCUGAUGCUGGCUGUCUCUAAAGGCUUUGUGGACAUUGUGAGUGGACUACACACAUGUCCCUUUGUUGACAUCAACCAUCAGGACAAUGAUGGCUACACAGCUCUCAUGAUCGCAGCGCAAGCAGGCUUUGUGAACAUUCAGAACUACAUCCUAAACUACUACUCUGGAGUGGACCUGGAGCUGACGGACACCCGCGGCUUCACCGCACUCAUCAAGGCUGCUAUGCAGGGCAACAAUGACUGUGUGGCUUCCUUGCUGAUGGCGGGUGCAGACAUAAAUGCAGUGGAUGUCAGGCGAGGGAAGGACGCCCGAGACUGGGCCCUUAAAACUGGCCGCUUCGAGACCUUGAGCCGCAUCCGGCGGCUAAACGCCAGGCCCUGCGCUGAGCAGUUCUGCGAGAGCUUCGUGCCCGAGUGGCCGGACCUCAAGGACCUGGUGGCAAAGGCCACGGCCACCAAGAGUGCUGGCCAGAAGGUGGCCCACCGACUCAAGUCCACCUUCAGCUUCAGCUUCCCCCAGGACCCUCAGGACAAUGGCGUGCUGGACCACAUGGUGCGCAUCACCACGAGCAUCCACAGCCCCCUGGUGGCUACGGGCUGCCGGCCACUCUGUCCCACCAGCCCGCCCCAGAUCGGCAAGCGGCGCAUGGCUGUGCCCGAGCUGAUGGAGAAGCACCCGGGCCGCGAGCUUGAGGAGCGCAGCGUGCGCCACAGCAACGGCUCCGUGUCCUCGGCCUCGCCGUCCGUGGCCUCCACCUCGUCCGUCUCCCUGGCGUCCUGCUGCUCGGACGCCGAGCGCCGCGGCAGCAUCAUCUCCAACGGCGUCAACAAGUUCAUUCCGCGGAGCAUGAGCCGCCGGAACAGCGUGUUCCCCGCCGGCUGCAUCCCCCAGAUCAAGGUCACCAAGUCGAGCGAUCCCACCCCCAAGAAGGAGAAGAAGAGGAAGAGGUCCAAGAACCCAGGCCACCUGGAGCCGCCCAUCUGGAAGUACAAAGAGGCCAAGGAGGAGAGGAAGAAGGAGAAGAAGAGACUGGAGAAGGAGAAGGGGGACAAGGACAAGACGAAGAAGAAAAAGUAAAUGGACAUCGGUCAGAGACUUCAGCCGUGGUGUUGAGUGUGUGCUCAGAGUCCCCACGGGCAUUUGAAUCAACACUUCCACACCAGCACACAGGGUUGGCAUCAGGGUUGAUUGACUGUGUCCAUGAUGUAUGGUCUCUGACAGCCAUGCUUACAGCCCUGCACUUACAUGUCCACUAUUACGUGGAUAUUGACUUUCAAAUGCACUGAUGCUGACUUUGUGACACUUAGUCUUCCUGUAUGGCUUUUGAGAGCAUCAGUAAGUGUUGGUAAAUAAUGUCCACUGAUCUGAAACUUAUGAGCCCAUUUCCAAAGAAUUUUGUAAAUUCUUCUUACAUGGGCCUGUGUUGACCAUAUGCAGAUAAAUGAUGUGAUGUACAGUAUGUACAGUAACUAUGAAGUUGAAAUGAAGCUCCUUGCUCCCUUUGAGCCAAAGACAACUUGCUAGUCAUAAGUUUCUACUGUACAUAUAUUUUAGGCAAAGAAAGUGUCAGGAUUCCCAUACUAACUGUCCACUCUGUUCACCAAGCUAGCAAUAGGAGGCUUUUGCCAACUGUUGAUUGUGGAUUAACAGUGGCUACCAUAUGGUCUCUACUAAUCACCCUUGGCUGUGUAGCACGUUUCUGUGAGUGGAAUGAUGUGAAACACAUUACAGUUGUAAUUUUCAUGUCUGUGGACUUCUGAAGAGACUUUUGUUUAUUUGUUUUCUCUCUCUAAUGCCCAUCUGGGGUUUACGUUUCAACCGUAUGGGAAAAUGAUUUCCCUUCUUUGCCAUCGAAAGGACUUUUUAGACGAGUGCUUUAAUUUCAAUCGAAGGAUUUACACCAUCUUUGUAUACUACCGAAGGGGUAAUAAUGGUUUACCGCACCAGACUAAGUCACACUGACAUAGUUGUUUCACAGUGCAUAGGUACUUAAUGUAUGUAGCCCUUUAUGCAAUGACUUUCAACUAUGCCUCUUCAAAGUGCUGCACUAUGCCCAGAAUUGCAAGAACAAAUAUUAGUUCAUCUGAAAUGAUACUUGAGCCAAACUGUGACGAUUGUAUUUACCUCUGUACAGUAUAUUACUUAUAUUACAGUUAUUUAGUCUACAGUUACAGAGUAGCAUCUUGCACUUGAACAUAAAAUCUGAAGUACAUUGGGUUAAAUAAAAAUGAAUAGGUCUUUUAGAAAAUAAGG